AUGGGCGUAAAGAGGAAGAAGAGCACAAGACAGUUGACCGCUACACAGCAGAAAGUUUACGACAUACUGCAGAGGGAGAUAAUCGAACGCUACUUUGAACCAGCCGUUAGCGAUGAGCAGUUUGAGCUGCUGUCGACCUUACGGUAUGAUCCAUCCUUUACAAACGUGUUUGGUGGGCUUAGGAGUGGUGCUGAGGGCUUUCAGCUGAGCGAGAUUGACUCUAGGCUGCGGUUGCUGGAUUACGACCAAUAUGACAUGUUUUUGAAUGGUCAGGAAUCGACCGAUGGCAGCAAUGAGGGGCUGCACAAUCUUUUCGACAGCAUUGUAGAGCCUACAUCAUCAGCGGAAGAUUAUAAUGAUUCUCUUAUGUCUCUUUUAGAUGGAAGCGAGGUCACUGUGGGAUCUUCACCGCCAAAUAUCAGCCCGAAUGCUGCUGAUCUGUAUCCGGUCUUCUACAACAGGUUUUUGCUGCUAGGUGAGCAUUACAAGAGGUUGAACUUCACUCUGCAGUUUUUUAAAUGGGGAACCCACGUCCCGCUACAAUUGCUCCUUGACAAGCUGAUAGAGGCCCUGCCGGAGCAUAGCGAAGUGUCGGAUACAGAACAGAAGAUGUCACUGUUGUUGAACGAGAGUGCAUGUUACAAGAUGAGGGUUUUGGUGUCGAAAAGCGGACGUAUGAGAGUGGAAGCGCAUCCUUUGACCAGAAGUACGGAUGUUGGAACUUUUCCAAAUCCUUCCUCGUAUUUCAUUAAUACAAUCCUCAGUGCCUUUUUGCCAGAAUCCUCGACGGUUUGGAACGUUUUCAUUGACACCGAAACACUCACCGUGUCUCCAUUCACUACUUUCAAGACCACUUACCGAGACCACUACAACGCAGCUAGAAAGAGGCUCGCGGAGAUGGCUUCCCGCUAUGGCCAAAGUACUCAAAACGAGAUUCUUGUCUUUAAUGAUGCGUACCAGUUGAUGGAAGGCUCAAUUACCAAUGUCGCAGUGAUCAGACACAAGGAUGACGAUCCCAGUCAAAUUAGGUUUGUUACGCCCCCACUCUCAUCCGGCUGCUUGUGUGGAACCAUGCGAUACUACCUGUUGAAGAAGAGACUGCUGGACGAAUACCCAAUCGAUGUAAGGGAUCUACGAGAAGGCGAUAAAGUAAUAUUAUUCAACGGUGUCAUGGGGUGUGUCAAGGGCGUUAUUAGACAGAGCUACAAACAGAACUAG